AUGUACACGUUAAUGCUUGUCGUAAAUGUGACCGUAGAUGGACUUGUGAGAAUGCCUUCGAAUUUCAAUCACGGUAGGCAUAUAAAUAGAACUGCCUGUUGGUCUGGCCAUUCAGUAUGGCAAACGGCGACUUCUAUGUUAAAGCCCAAGGAUCCCACCAGGGGUUUCUACAGGGAAUAUGGGUACCACCAAAUUUGCACGAAUUUUUUGGACCUGGUAAGCAUAAGUAUCGUAGAGCCAUUCGUAUACCAGCCAAAUAUUUUUCCAAGUAUCUCUUGUCAACUGUCACACUCGCUGCCAAAAACGUCAGGCUAUUGGUUAUGCACUACUUGA